CUGAACCCCAACGAAACCCCAUCCAGAUGAAGCGUAAAUCUGUGAGCAGAUCUGCAAUACGAAAGGAACAGUCUCAAAAAGACAGAGUGAAGGCUUUGACAGACCGUUCGGCACAGUUCUCAGCUUACCGACAAUUUUUGGAAGACGUUAAGAAUGUGGGUAUGGAAGGCGAACAUACAAGAAUACCACUCGAUCUCGUUGACUUGACAGCCACCCUCAUUGCCACUAUGAUCAGUGGACACUCUUACUUAAAAUUUUUCGUAGCACCUACCAUUGGCGUUGAAAAGGGAGACUUCGAUAUUAUGCAAGAACUACAGUCAGACAUCAAUUUCAUUCGGAAAACUUUAAAUAUGGCACGCAUAUCUUGUACAUCCUUGGUCAUUAGUCUGUGGUAUGUCGAUACUUUUUUCCACCACAAAUCGAAACGGCCAUUGCGACAGAGAAAAUUGGAUGACGUCUCUACGAACCUAUCAAGAGUUAAUCCAGCUGAAGGCUGGAGCACUAGAGAUUUGUUUAUGGCAUCCAUCGUCAUUGCGGAUAAAUACCUUGCAGAUGUAACAUGGAGUAAUGCUGAAUGGUCCUACAACACUGGUGGAUAUUAUACAUGCGAAGCAAUCAAUCGACUUGAACGGCAAUUUUUACAGCAAAUAGAUUUCAAGUUGUUCGUAACAGACGAUCAAUAUCGACACUUUUGCUCAUACCUAGAAGUGAGCUUACACUUACGACAAGUAGUGCAAUACUCUGGCACAUCCCUCCUCUCCUCCCUCUCUUAUCAGGAUGUCAGCAUCCUCUCCCAAUCCCUCCUUCCAAUCUACGCUGAACGACUUCGACUCUCAUUACGACCUUAUGAGGCUAUCAUGCUGCUGGCCAAAAUGGUAGCCCUUACAUUUGCUAUCUAUAUAGCGACGCUGGUGACACUGGCUACGGCAGCAUACAUCAUACAUCUCCAAGCCGAACUGAUACAACAACACCUGAUAUCGACUGCAUACAGUCAAAUGCACACAGUGUGCGAAUACAUGGUUGUUACCUUUGCUAGAGCCUACCACAAACAGUCCUAGUGAUACAAGCACCAUGUGACAAUUGGAAGGCUUUUCAAACAUACCUUUGUGUAUUCCUGGGAGAUGCUGCUGCACACAGAAAACACCUCAUUAUUUUCUACGAUAACCCUUUGUAAAACAACCCUCAUACAAUGUAUCACUAUAAAGCACUUUUACC